ACCCGCAGACCGCCCCCAGCGAGGUGGACGGGGUCAACCUGGAGGAGAUCCGUGAGUUCGCAAAAGCGUUCAAGAUCCGCCGGCUGUCCCUGGGCCUGACCCAGACUCAGGUGGGCCAGGCGCUCAGCGCCGCCGAGGGGCCGGCAUACAGCCAGUCUGCCAUCUGCAGACACACCAUCCUGAGAAGCCACUUUUUCCUACCACAGGAAGCCCAAGAGAACACUAUAGGUAGCAGUCUGACAGGCAAACUGAACCCUGGCCUUUUAUAUCCUGCCAGGUUUGAGAAGUUGGACAUCACCCCUAAAAGUGCCCAGAAGAUUAAGCCGGUUCUGGAGCGCUGGAUGGCCGAGGCUGAAGCCCGCCACCGAUCCGGCAUGCAGAACCUGACUGAGUUUAUCGGCAGCGAGCCUUCGAAAAAGCGCAAGCGGAGGACCUCUUUCACCCCGCAGGCGCUGGAGAUCCUCAACAGCCACUUUGAGAAGAACACGCACCCCUCCGGACAGGAAAUGACCGAAAUCGCCGAGAAGCUGAACUAUGACAGGGAGGUGGUGCGCGUGUGGUUCUGCAACAAGAGGCAAGCGUUGAAAAACACAAUAAAGCGCUUGAAACAGCCCGACCUCGGCAUGGCUGCACCAAUGGACCCUCUCACUGAUUCUCUAGAGGAGCUCCCGAAAUGAGCGAGCUCUCAAAAAGAAAGAGAAAAAAAAGAGCGAAACAUUAAAAAAAAAAACGAAAAAAACUGUGGAGUGGAAAAGUGGCAGCCAUUAAACCCAACGAACUUCUCUCGAAACUGAAAAAAAAAAUGUUUCCGAGUCACCUGGAUGGACGGCGUGCAACCAGAAACUAUGUGUUGUCAGUGUGAUUCUGUAAAUGACCUUGGCGAAACCAAAAACGUGAAAAAGAGAUUAAUAUGUGAGAAUUAUCUAAAAACAUCCGCUGUGCUGUUUUAAAGAGUUUUAGAUUCUGGACUGUCCCGUAAUUCUGGUUCCCACGAGGAGGGAUUUAGUAAAGAGAACAUACCAAAUCGAAACACUAUUUACCAAAGUCUGUUGCAUCUAACGAAAAAAUAAUUUUGUAAUGUAAAUGUGCUCUAAAUUUUUACAUUUGUACUGGCAAAAUCUAAGCUAUAUGUGUGAGGUUGAGUAUACGUUUUCUCUCUUUUGCUUUUUUUUUCUUUGAAUGUAAAUAUUUUUAAAAAAGGAAAAAAAUCUGUUGAAUCACACUGAUAGAUGUUUUUUUUUUUGAGGGGGAUAAAAAUUGAAUUUGCUGUCAAUUGCAUUUUAUUGUUGUGUUUCAUCUAUAAAUAUUUUCAGUCACGAUGUAACUUUGUACAACUUUUACAGGUAUUUAUUGAUAACUUCAUGAGAUUGUUACAGAUCCAAAAGAAAAGCAAAAAAAAAAAAAAAAGGAAGGGGGAACGAGGACUUUCGUACGGUGAGAACUAAAAAAGGUUUCAGCGUCGAAGUCGACUGCAGCUUUGCUUCGAGCUACUGUGUCAUUCUGUUGCCAAAGCCUGAUAGCCAAAGAACACACAAACUUCAGCUCAAGGACUUGGGGGGAGAUUUCUGCUUUUUUUAUUUUUAAUAUUAUUGUUUUUAUUGCUUUAAUCACACAACUUUCUGCCCUGUUUUUGGAAAUGUUUUACAAUGUGUUGGAAAAAAAGAAAUGAAAAACAUGUCAAACAGCUUCGUCGGUGUGCUCUGUAAUUUUAUUUUUAACCACAAGCACGUGUAAAAUGUUGGUUUUUCUUUAGGUUCGUCUCUGCCUGCUGCAGCUCAAAUCCCACAAAGAAACAUUUAUUUAGAUUUUUCACCUGACGUCCAAACAUUUGUACAAUAAAACUAAAAAAUGAACACUUGGUUUUUUACACUUUAAGCCUUUAAAUUGACAAAUUGUGUAGAUUUUCUUGCCUCUGACCAAACCACUCAUUCUAAUUUAGCUGUUUUUAAAACUUGAAACCUGAAAUUUUUUUUUUGGAAAAAAAAGUUUUUUUUCCCCUUUAUGUUCUGCACAGUGAGUCAUGUUCACAUGUGUGCUUAGAGUCGUUACCAUGAACUGCUGUUUUCCCCUCAAGUUUUUAAUUGAAAUGGUUUUUAAUACGUCCAAUUGAAUCAGGCUUUCUGGAAAAUCCUCUGACAUUUCCACUGAUUCACUCUUUACUCAUUUAAAGUUUGAUUUUUAUUUGUGUGAAAUGUCACCUUUUUCAGAAAGGUCUCAGUCCGUCACUCUAAAUGUUUUGCUCUCACAAAAGCCCCCCUCACAGGAGGGGGAAAAAAGAAAGUGAAUGUUGAGAAUAAGUGUCACAUGUCACAAUGAGUGAACUUAAUUUGAAGUGAGGUGAAAUUUGAUGCGAUUUAUUCAGAAUCAAGUGUCGACUUGAUGCAUAUCUUUCCAUGUCACAUUGGUUAUCUCAGCUGUUCACCCCCCUCACACACACACACACACACACCUCCAACACAUCUUCUUUCUUCCCCACCGAGAAAUCCUUCAGCCGCACUGUAAAUGUUAGAAAAACACUUUGAAAAAACACUUGGAGUGUCAGAGUUUUUAAAAGGCAGCCACACARAGUGAAUUUUAGCUACAUUGUUCCCACUGUCGCCUACAGAUUUUUAUUUUGAUUUGAUUUGAUUUUGUCGUUGUGGGUGAUAAACGCUUUCAGGCAGGGUUUUUGGCCAAUCUGCAAAGAUCUAAGAAACCAGCAAGUGGAUCAGUUCUGAGGCUCAACAAUGAAGCUGUAACCAAAACAAAACAAAAAAAAGAAGUAUUUAAAGAAGACAGAAAUGAGUUUUGCCUUCGCUCAACUUUUUAACGCUGGACCAAAGCUCUAUAGUUAUGCACAUUGUACAGAGACAAGAGAUUCAAGUUGUUGACAAUCUAAAAAAAAACGUGAGCAGGAAGGAACUGAAGAGUAGAAAUAAACAUUUGUUCAAGGUUUACCUCAGCACUGUUCAUUCAGGAGUUCUACAAGCGGCUGCAGGUCAGAGGAACACCACUCCGGGGGGGAAAGAGGUUUAGGUUUUGGUUCAAACACCACGUUGACAUCCAUCCUUUCAUUUUUAUUUUAGUUUAUUUUUCUCCUUUCUGAGWCGCGUGGAGCUGGUGCCUAAUCUCCAGCAGUCACUGCGCGAGAGGCGGGGUUCACCCUGGACAGAUCCCCAAGUCCCUCAUGGGACAAACGAGACCCUCACUCACACUCAGAGACAUUUAGAGUUAACCAUGUGGUUGUGUUUUUGUUUUUAUUACUGUCCAGUUAUUUCUGUGUACUGUAAAGUUCCACUCUUGAGCUCUCACAGCAUGUUGACAUGCAUUAAAGACAAAAAGUAAAAAUCACAGUCAUGUUGCUCUUUAACUCAAAUGGUUUGUCUGCCACAGGAAAAAAAUAAAAAAGUGAAAUUUUAACGACACAGGACAUUUGAUAUGAAAUUUUUAGUCAAAGAACUAGAAACCAAAGCUGAGGAACCUGCAGAGGUGUUUAUUUUUAUUAUUAUUAUUUAUUUUUAUUUUCUUCUUUUUAUCAGACUAAAAACUGUCUAUAGAGCAAUAUCUGUUUMGUUGGUUAAGCAGCACUUUGUGUAUUUCUUUAAAAAAAGGAAUGAAAGAAAAAAAUCAAUCGCUUCAAGUCUGUCAUUGAUUUGUAUCAUAAUUAGUAAUAAACAAUUGUUUGACAUGAAA